CUUGUCUGCUCCCCUUCCCCAGCUCUUCCAGCCUCCAGGUGGAGGGCAGCUGCAGGUGUCAGCAGCCUGUACCGUUCCCACAGUGGCUCCCAGAGGACAGCUGGCUGGUGGCCCUGGCUGCAGGCAUGAUCAGCAGCGUAGCUGUGGUUGCAGUCAUGACCCCUUUCGAUGUGGUCAGCACUCGGCUAUACAAUCAGCCUGUGGAUGGAGCUGGCAAGGGCCAGCUGUAUGGGGGCCUCGCUGACUGCCUGGUGAAGAUCUGGCAGCAAGAGGGCCCCCUGGCGCUCUACAAGGGUCUGGGCCCCGCCUACCUGCGCCUGGGCCCCCACACCAUCCUCAGCAUGCUCUUCUGGGAUGAGCUCCGGAAACUGGCCAUGCGGGGCCAGCACCAGGACACCUAGGCGGCGUCCCUCACCCCGAAUCCUGGUGCAGCCUGGCGUCCUGCUCCAACUGGGAAUGCCACCUCAGAGCCAGCCACAGGCCCAGGGAAAGUGUGGACAGUGCUGGUCAGCGCAGGCCUGUGGCCCACCACUCCACU